AUGGUGGAGUUUCGAACGAGGUUGCCUGAGCAUCAUCAGGGUGCUGCUUACCAGGGUGCGUACGUGGAAACGUCCAUUCCCAAGGUCUCGGAGACUCCGUUGUACGGAAGAGACGAUGGGACUCCGGAGACUUUUGGUCCGUUUCAUGGCUCGACCCGUCCCACAAUGGACAAGAACGGGAUGAAGAAGCGCACGGUUCGAUUUGAAAACAAGGAUCGACCUACUCUUGUUCCAGCUCCAGUUUCAGCUCCAUCAGAAGAAGAACGCGAAGAUCCCAUUGAGAAAGCUUUUGACACGUUCUUCUUGUUCCUAGACGACGUCCGUCAGCAGGCAAGCUCUCCUAGGGCCGAUGGUACGACUAGCGAAGGUUGCUUGUAUGAUGUCCCCGACAAUUUGGAUGUCAACAAAGCGCUGGAAUGCGUCACAGACAGAGUCUGCCGUAACCCCUGCGUAGAAAUUGGAUGCGGCAGUGUCCAGCCUCCAGCAGAUUUGGUGCUGUCCACUCCAUCCAAGGAAGAACGGGAAGGAGCGGAUCAUGGAGAACCCAAGAAACAAGACUACAUGGUCAGCAAGGAAAAUUCGGUCAGGGACCUCAGCGCCCCGGCUCCUACUACCGAACCAAAAGACGACACCAAGGCUGCCACCAAGAAUCAAACUCCACCACCACCACCCCCGCCCCCCAAGACAAAUACCAAAUCCAAAGUUGUGGCUGCUACAUCUACAGCUGUGGCCGUGGUCAAGGACAACUCCAUCACGGAGCUCAGUGAUCCUCCUGCUGCUGCGCCAAAGGAAAACAAGAGCGUGCCCAAGCAGCAAAAGGAUGUCACCACCAAGGCCGCCCCGAAAUCGGCCAAGACUGCUUCCGUGCCAACGUACACCCCCGUGGAGACCAUUGCGGACAAGCUUCGAACCGUCAUUCCAGAAGAGAUGCUCCAGCAGAUGAUGGAUGCAUUCAUCUUGGAAACAGGAGAAAUUAAACCGGAUGCGGAAGCGCUCACCAUCAAGAGUGGAGUGGACUCGGAUCCCAUUGUAGAAAUGAUUGACAGACUCAUCAUUUUCUUUGAUGACCUCCAAGUGGCUCUCAAAACAAGAAAGAUGGAGACACUCAUGGAACAUUACAACAUGGAGGAACAAAUGGCCAUGGCAAGACAAAAGAUUGAUGACAUUUUGCAGAGCUACCAAAUCAAGAGGGAAAGCUCCAGAGUGGCGCCUGCCAACAAGCAAGUACAGAUUGUUGCAGAGGAACAACAAAAGAAGGACCAGGGCGGCGUGGAAGAAACCAAGGACGAUGCAUUUGACGCUGAUAGGAGUGACAUGUCUGAAGAUACACACAAGACCACAAACACCAAGAUCAAGCCUCCAUCCUUGCAGAUGAGGCCAUCCGAGUUGCUCGAUGCCCUUCAGUCCGCUGCCACCAUUCUGUCCGAUUCUGCGACUCCCGAAGAAUUGUCCCGGUACUCCAAGGAAGAGUUGCACAAGUUGGCUCUGGAAAAAAUCAUGUCCGAACGAAAUGAGAUGGAAGAAGGAUUUUCCGAGUACAAGACGGAAGAAAUGCUCUUGGGAGACCUCAUGAAGACGCCUGAAGAAGAAGCAAACGAUACGGAGUCGCCCCAGGCGGAGAAAGAUGCAUCCAAGGCGGAGAAAGAUGCAUCCAAGGCAGAGAGAAGGCGCAAAGAACAACUGGUUGUCCUUGGUCAUUCCGGUACUCUCACGCCUAUCCCAGAGGCAGACGAAGGCAGUGCUACGACACCUGCAUCUGAUAUUCUCGAUCAUGGACUCAUGAGCGGUACUGCCCCUGAAGUUCCCUUGAUUCCUUGUGAGGCAUCUGCAGGAAGAGAAGGCUCAUCUCUCGCCGACGCCAAUGAUAGCGUUGCCGACGACAUCGAACAAGAGCCAGACCUCACGAAGGAACCCACAGAGUCUGACCCGGUCGUCAAAGCGAUUGACAACAUCUUCCUUUGCGUUGAUGACAUGGAAGAGCAAGGUGACAUUGCAUGCAACGCGUGUAUCGGAUCGACCGUGCCGAGUGACCUCAUUGAUCCCAGUGAUGACAUUCUUGAGGGGAACGAAGAAGACAAAGAAGCAAGAUUGAAAGCUGAAAAGGAAGCAGAAGAAGCUGCAGCCAAGGCAGCAGCCGUAGCGGGCGGCAUUGCAAGCAGCUGCAGAUGA